AUGGGCGCGCUGAACAGUAACCUGGUUACCAACUACCACCAAGGCUGGCGGCUGGUAACGGCCAUGUGGUUACACGGCGGCGUGGUGCAUCUCGUGUGUAACCUCCUCGGCAUCGCCUUCCUGCUCAACCGCCUCGAGAAGGAGUUCGGGCUGCGGGAUGGUUGGGGGAAAGGGGAUGGUUGUGUGGUAGAGGUAGUUAAUUGGGUGGGGAAGGGGGGAGGGGGGGGGGGAAGCGGGGGGAAGGGGGGGGAAGAGGGGGGCCUGGAGGGGUGCGAAUCAACGGGCGAGGAGGGGAUUGAGGGGAAAUUUAUGGGGGGAGGGCUUGGUGCGCACGUAGGGCGACCGACGGCCAUCUACCUUCUCAGUGGUGUCUUUGCUGCCGUCUUCUCAUGCCUCUUUCUCGACACACAGAUCAGUGUGGGUGCAUCUGGAGCCUUGUUUGGGCUAGUGGGUGCGUGCCUGUCGGAACUGCUGAUCAACUGGAAGCUCUACGACAACAGGUUCUCAGCCUUGAUGACGCUGCUCAUCCUCAUAGCCAUCAACCUAGCCAUAGGCCUCAUGCCCUACAUCGACAAUUUCGCCCACAUAGGCGGCUGCAUCGCCGGCUUCUUCCUCGGAUUCGCCCUGCUGCUCAAACCCCAACACGGCUUCAUCGUCCUCCGAGACAGCUCUGGCGUGGCAACGGCAACGGCGAUUGCGGUGUCGGGAGGGGACCCGGUGACUAAGAAGCAUUCCACCUGCCAGGUCUACACGCGGAUUCUCUCAGGAUUAAUCUUCAUGGCUCUCUUCUCGCUCUGCAUGGCGGUGCUAUUCACCAAGGGCAACGUAGCUGGGGACUGCACGUGGUGUCGCUACAUGUCGUGCGUGCCCACUCCUUGGUGGACCUGCGACCCCAAUGCCCCAGGCACACAGGGCCAAGGGCCUGUUUGCCAGGUCCGGUCGUAUCAAAAUGGCACUGGUGCGCUGGUGUGUACGAAUCAGACAAUGCUUGCCGUACCAAACAUCACAUCAUUGGCCAAUUAUGACCUGCGGGUGCUAUGCACACAAGCGUGCAGCAGCUGA